AAAACCAUGAUCUUACACCUCAUAUUCGACAGCCUUGAUUUUAAGAGCUGGAUGGUUUUAAUUUUAGUUUUGCUGAUUCUGUAUGAUGUUUUCAAAAACAGGAAUCCAUCAAAUUUCCCUCCAGGACCCUGGCCUCUUCCAUUCCUCGGAACUGUAUUUACUGAAAUGGAUUUUAAGACCAUGGAUAAGUUGACUAAAGUCUAUGGGAAGAUUUUUAGCUUGAGAGUGGGCAGUGAGAAAAUGGUAGUCGUUUCUGGAUAUAAACUGGUAAAGGAGGCCCUGAUUGACCACAAUGAUGGUUUUGUUGAGCGUCCGAAUGUUCCUUUGUUCAACAAAACAUUUAAAGGAAUAGGUAUAGCUUUGAGCAACGGAUAUCUGUGGCGCAUGCAUAGGAAGUUUACCGUUUCUCAUUUGAGGAACUUCGGCGAGGGGAAAAAGGCCAUUGAGCUCAGCAUCCAACAAGAGUGUGUUUUCCUUUGUGAUGCCUUUAGGGUGGAAAAGGGACCUUUCAAUCCCCAGGUCAUCUUAAACAGUGCUAUCUCAAAUAUUGUUGCCUGCUUGGUGUUGGGACAACGCUUUGACUAUCAUGAUGAGCGUUACCAAAACAUUCUAUGCCUUGACACUGAAUGUGUUCAGCUAGCAGGCCAAACUAGAACACAGUUGUACAAUGUGUGGCCUCAACUCUUUGAAUACCUUCCUGGCCCCCACCAAACAUUGUUUGCCAACUAUAAAAAGAUCACAGAUUUCCUAAGAGGAGAGAUCAUAAAACACAGAGAAGACUGGGACCCUUCAAACCCUCGUGACUAUAUAGACACCUACUUGACGGAGAUGCAGAAGAAAAAGAGUGACCCUGAGGCUGGUUUUAAUAUAGAAGGGUUAGUGGUGACUUGUCUAGACCUGGUUGAAGCUGGGACAGAAACUUCAACGACAACAUUACGCUGGGGUCUGCUCUAUAUGAUAAAGUUUCCAGAAAUACAGGAAAAGGUCCGGGAAGAAAUAGACAGAGUCAUUGGCCAGUCCCGUCAACCCUGCUUGGCUGACAGAGUUGACAUGCCCUACACUGAUGCUGUCAUCCAUGAGACACAAAGAUUUGGUAAUACUGUGCCACUGGGAUUCCCCAAACUUGCUGCUAAAGACACCACGCUAGGAGAAUACUUCAUUCCUAAGGGCACCGCCGUUACAACCAGCCUGUCUUCAGUUCUUUAUGAUCCAGAUGAAUGGGAAACACCGCACACUUUUAACCCACAACACUUUCUGGAUGAUAAAGGCCAGUUUCGGAAGAGGGAUGCUUUCUUGCCAUUUUCAGCAGGUAAGAGAGCGUGUUUGGGAGAGCAGCUGGCCCGUAUGGAGCUCUUCCUGUUUUUCACCUCCCUGCUGCAGCAAUUCUCCAUCUCAAAAUGUCCGGGAGAGGAGCCCAGUUUGGACGGCGAGAUAUGGUUUACAUACGCUCCUGCUCCGUUCCGCAUUUGUGUGUCCCCACGUUAGACUCUGGGAAAAGAAAAUAGCAAUUCUUUAAAAAAAAUUCAAGGAUCGUGAUUUGUAAAGUUCCAUAGUUCAGUAUAUUGUUUUCUAUAUGUACUCAUAGUAUUAUAUUCUAAAUCCUUUUAAUUGUUUAUUUUUUAUUUUUUUCAUUAUUACUGAAA